CUGUACAACUGACGAGAAAAUGAACUGAGCGAAGAGUGUAAUAUUCAAACAAACUUAAAAUACUGAUGAAGUUCUUAACAGAAGAAACACUGAGUGGAAACACCCAUUUGGGUAUUCAUUUUCCUAAGGAUUUUUGCCACUUUGCUUUUGUCUUUUAUUUACUUUUUUUACCUGAAAGACAAGAAUUUUGUGAGCUUAAGUAUAUCUGACAGCGCGGCAUAAAGCCGAAUAAACAAUUGCGCAUUUAACGUGUUGUGAACGGGACAGAUGCAGUGAGCGAGGCAAAAGGAGAAGGAAUCACGGGUGUGCGAAGAGAAGGAAGAAGCCGGGCAGCAGGGAACUUAGAUUGGUUUGGUGAAUAAGAAACUACAGCACAGACCAUCCAUGGAAGAUCAGCACGAGCUGACUGAACAAUCUGCAAAGAAAUCACAUACCGAGUCACAUGUUUCAGACCCUUCCAUCACCAGGUCUAUGGACAUGCAGGACUUAGCAAGUCCUAAUAAUCGAGUAGGCAACAGUGAUACACCUGGUUCCAAACUGGAUAAGUCGAAUCUCUCCAACUCUCCAAUCACAUCAAAUGGAACAGGUGGAGGAAAUAUGACCAUUCUUAAUACUGCAGAUUGGUUGCUGGGGUGCAGCCCCUCAUCUUCUGCAUCAAGUAUGAACAACUAUGUGUCUCUUCUUACAGUCAAAACAGAGCCAAUGAACAGUAAUGAAGCUGCUACAACAACAGGAGAUGGAACACUUGACACAUAUGUGGGUUCAGUAAUUACAAGUAGCGGGUACAGUCCAAGAUCAGCACAUCAGUAUUCUCCUCCAAUCUACCCCUCCAAGCCAUAUCCACACAUUUUGUCAACACCAGCAGCUCAGUCAAUGACAAGUUAUGCAGGACAGACACAGUAUUCUGGAAUGCAGCAGCCAACAGUGUACAGUGCAUACUCUCAAACAGGACAGCCCUAUGGGCUUUCAACUUAUGAUUUAGGUGUAAUGUUGCCAGGGAUCAAGACGGAAAGCGGCCUUCCUCAAACACAGUCCCCUUUGCAGACAGGAUGCCUUAGCUAUAGCCCUGGUUUUGCAACUCCCCAGCCAGGCCAAACACCCUAUUCCUAUCAAAUGCCAGGUUCCAGCUUCACACCUUCAUCUGGGAUUUAUGCAAGCAACAAUUCUGUGUCGAAUUCAACAAAUUUCAGCAGUUCACAGCAGGACUAUCCUUCCUAUGCAACUUUUGGCCAAAACCAGUAUGCCCAGUACUAUUCUGCACCACCAUAUGGUGCUUACAUGAGCUCUAACAACAGUGGAGAUGGAACGUCUUCAGCAUCCUCGACUUAUCAGCUGCAGGAACCUCCAGCUGCAAUAAGUGGUCAAGGCACAGAUCUCCAUGCAGGGGAAUUUGAUACCGUACAGAGUCCCUCAACACCAAUUAAAGACUUGGAUGAUAGAUCAUGUCGAACUUCAGGAGCAAAAUCUCGAGGAAGAGGAAGGAAGAAUAACCCAUCUCCUCCGCCUGACAGUGACUUGGAGCGUGUAUUUGUGUGGGAUCUUGAUGAAACAAUCAUCAUCUUUCACUCCCUACUUACAGGAUCUUAUGCACAGAAGUAUGGUAAGGAUCCUCCUAUGGCUGUAACACUUGGUCUGAGGAUGGAGGAAAUGAUAUUCAACUUGGCAGAUACACAUUUAUUUUUUAAUGAUUUAGAGGAAUGUGAUCAAGUUCACAUAGAUGAUGUCUCUUCGGAUGAUAAUGGACAAGAUUUAAGUACUUACAGUUUUGCAACAGAUGGCUUCCAUGCAGCUGCAACCAGCGCAAACCUCUGUCUGGCCACAGGUGUGAGAGGAGGGGUCGAUUGGAUGAGGAAGCUGGCUUUUCGGUAUCGCAGAGUAAAAGAGUUGUAUAACACAUACAAAAACAAUGUUGGAGGUCUUCUUGGGCCUGCCAAAAGAGAUGCAUGGCUGCAACUCAGAGCUGAAGUUGAGGCGUUAACAGAUUCCUGGCUCACCAAUGCACUUAAAUCUCUGUCAAUCAUCAGUUCCAGAAGUAACUGUGUCAAUGUAUUGGUUACGACAACACAACUCAUACCAGCACUUGCAAAAGUUCUUUUAUAUAGUCUAGGAGGAGUAUUUCCCAUUGAAAAUAUUUAUAGUGCAACAAAAAUAGGAAAAGAAAGCUGUUUUGAGCGUAUAGUGUCCAGGUUUGGCACAAACAUAACUUAUGUUGUCAUUGGAGAUGGUCGAGAUGAAGAACAUGCAGCUAGCCAGCAUAAUAUGCCCUUCUGGAGGAUAUCAAGUCACUCAGACCUGCUGGCUUUGCAUCAAGCACUGGAACUGGAGUACUUAUAAUUUGUACUAUAGCGUUGGAAGUCUUUUUUUAUAUUUAAACCAAAAUACACUGAGAUGGGUUUUUGUCUGUGAUUUAGAAUCUCUGGCUUACAAACAUUAACUGUCUUAAGAAGACGAGGACUCUAUCAAAACCUGGAGCUCGGAUGCCAGACUUUUUCGUGUAUAUCAGAUCUGUUUAAGGUCUUACAUCAAUAUGUGCAUUUUGUUCUCUAAAGUAUAGAUAUGCUGGAAGUUGCUGACCUACCUCCCAACAACCUGUUAAUACCCCCUUCACCCCCCGCCUUUCCAAAUAAAAACAGCACCACCAAAAUGAAGCAUUCACUGAUCCAGGCAUGAAUCACUUUCCAGAGAGGAACCUUUGGUUUAUGAAAAGUAAGACUUUCUUCUUUAACAGGGUGGUGAUCAACAGCAUUCCUAAUCACAGAAAAUCUUCUCAAUGAUAAAAGCAAAUACUUACAAUGCAGAUGACUCCAAUGACAAUGACGUCUAGAACUAUCAUUUGUGUAAAUUAUUUUAUCGUUACUAUUUUACUGUGGCGACAAAUGGUGGAAAGAGAUUUUUUUUUUUUUGUGAGAGAGAGAAAGAGAGUUGAGAAUGGGAAAUUGUCACUUUUGUAAGUUUUGGCAAUCAGAAUGUGCAUAAUGAUUUGUUGUGCCUUAUGAAAAGACAGUGUUUGUGUGUUACAUAUUAAUUUUGGUUAAAUGACAAAAAACAGAAAUCUUAUGUAGAUAUAUAAAAAAAAUGUUUUAUGAAAAUUUUUGACAUGACCAAAUUUCAAAAUAUCAGAAUCACAGUUCUGCAUUAAAAGCAGAAAGAAACAUCAGCCUCAAACAAUAAAAGGAGAGUUUGUGUUUUACGUGGAUCUCAGAUGACUUCAUUGGUGUCUACUAGACACAGCUCGCCGAUGGACGAUCAACGGAAGUGGAGGAUACAACCGUUCUUGCCUUGUUCGAUUUUGACAACAUGCUGUCAAAAUGUUUAAUUUUUUUGGUGGGUAAGGGGGCUACUGGGGAAAGUGUGAGAACAUUCUAAAGAGCAUUUGAUCCCAUUUUUGGACUUGUGUUUGGAGAUCUUGUCUCGGUGUCACAGGUAUGUAAUACAGAAAGGAAUAAACCUAAGUGGCCCCAA